AAUAAAUUUAUUAAAGUUGGAGGGUACCCACCAUAUCAAUUUGUGUUACUAUUGAAGUGAAAUCGAGAAUCUGCAAGGCGAAGCCCUAACUUAGCUUGAAAAUGGAAGAGCAACAGUAUCAAAUUCCAAGAGUGAAACUUGGGAAACAUGGACCGGAGGUUUCUAAGCUGGGAUUAGGAUGCGCUGGACUUUCUGGACUGCUGAAUGCUCCUCUCUCCCAUGAAGAUGGCUGUUCUGUCAUAAAGCAGGCUUUUUCUAGAGGUGUCACCUUCUUUGAUACAGCCGAUAUCUAUGGUCAAAGACAUGAUAAUGAGAUUAUGCUUGGCAAGGCCCUGAAGCAGCUUCCUCGCGAAAAAGUUCAAUUGGCGACAAAAUUUGGGUUCGUGGCGUCAGAGGAUGCUCUGCAAUUUGAGGUUAAGGGCAGCCCUGAAUAUGUUAGGAAAUGCUGUGAAGCUAGUCUCAAACGACUUGACGUUGACUACAUUGAUCUGUAUUAUCAGCACCGUGUGGAUACUUCAGUGCCAAUAGAGGAUACUAUGGGAGAGCUUAAGAAGCUGGUAGAUGAAGGAAAGAUAAAGUACAUUGGUUUAUCAGAAGCAAGUCCAGACACAAUAAGGAGAGCCCAUGCAAUUCAUCCCAUCACUGCCCUACAGAUGGAGUAUUCUCUGUGGACUCGUGAUAUUGAAGAUGAGAUAAUUCCCCUUUGCCGAGAACUUGGUAUUGGGAUAGUAGCGUAUAGUCCUCUUGGUAUUGGGUUUUUUGCUGGGAAGGCAGUCGUGGAAAGCUUACCCAGUGAGAAUGUCGUGGCACAGGCACAUCCAAGAUUCAAACAAGAGAAUAUAGAGAAGAACAAAGUCCUAUAUACCCGACUUGCGAACUUGGCUGCAAAGCAUGGCUGCACCCCUCCUCAGUUAGCUCUGUCGUGGCUUCUCCAUCAAGGGAAUGACAUAGUCCCAAUUCCUGGAACAACCAAAGUUAAGAACCUUGAUAAUAAUAUUGGAUCCUUGACAGUAAAGCUUGCAGAAGAGGAUUUAAAAGAAAUUUCAGAUGCCGUGCACAUUAAUGAAGUUAGUGGCUCAAGAGAAAUGCCGGUAUUAGCUAAAUAUAACUGGAGGAUUGCAAACACUCCGCCUAAAAUUAUAAGCUAAAAUGUAUAAUUUUCGGGCAAAAGAACAAGAAUUGCUUCCUGUCUAUCUAUGUGAUAAAUAAAACAGGAGUAUCUUAUUUGUAUUGUAAUAAAGAAUACUUAUAAUUUGGUUGUUAUGCCAACAUUAUAUUCUAAA